UUUGAGAGCCCGAAAGAACAAUGUGGCUGGAACAGAAAGGGCAGCAUACUGGGAGAGGUUGAUAAUAGCAAACACAUAUGUAGGACGUGCUACAUGCCAAGUUAUGGUCAUUUAAUCCUCACAACCCCAUGGCUUAAGUACGAUAACUGUCUCCAUUUUGCAGAUGAGGAAACAGGCAGAGAAACGUUCAGUAAGUUGCCUGAAGUUAUAUAAUUUCUGGCAGAGUUGGGAUUCAGCCUAUGCCAUUGUGGAGAAGAGAUGAACAUUUGGGUCCUAGAGUCAUGAAAAAAUAUUGAAAGGUUUGAAGCAAGGGGAUGCAAUGCUCUGCUCAACGUGUCGAAAAGGCCCACUCUGACUGUAGUGUGACGAAUGGAUCAUGUGGGGCAAGGAUGGAGACUGAGUGAAGUAGAGGCUGUGGUUUUAGUCCAGGCAAGAGAUGACAGUGGUUAAACCAGGGUGAUGGCAAAGAUGUGGAGCAUUGUGGCCAGGACCUGGACAUGUUGGGAGGCAGAAUGGGUGCCAUCUGGUUUGUGAAGUAGAGGGAGGGACUUCUGGGUUUCUGUUGGGCUUUCAUGUCUGACUUCAUUCGAAUAGAGUUCCACUGCUGAAAGUGGUCUCCUGGGUCCUGUUCAGUCUGCUUUUACACAAAUACCCCUUCGAGGGCAGCGGCCCACCUCAAACUCAAGACCUCAGGACUCCAGCUCCCACUCACUUCCCUCAUCUCACCCGCAGAUUGACGAGAUGCCUGAGGCUGCCGUGAAAUCAACAGCCAACAAAUAUCAAGUCUUUUUUUUCGGGACCCAUGAGACGGCAUUCCUGGGCCCCAAAGACCUCUUCCCUUACGAGGAGUCCAAGGAGAAGUUUGGCAAGCCCAACAAGAGGAAAGGGUUCAGCGAGGGGCUGUGGGAGAUCGAGAACAACCCUACCGUCAAGGCUUCUGGCUACCAGUCCUCCCAGAAGAAGAGCUGCGUGGAAGAGCCAGAGCCUGAAGCCACAGAGGGCGAUGGAGAUAAGAAGGGGAAUACGGAGGGUAGCAGUGAUGAGGAAGGGAAGCUGGUCAUCGACGAGCCAGCCAAGGAGAAGAACGAGAAGGGGGCACUGAAGAGGAGAGCAGGGGAUCUGCUGGAGGACUCCCCUAAACGUCCCAAGGAAGCAGAAGACCCCGAAGGGGAGGAGAAGGAGGCAGCCAUCUUGGAGAGUGAGAGGCCCCCCACCGUGGAGGUGGAGAACAGCACCCCCUCUGAGCCCGGCUCUGGCCGGGGGCCUCCUCAGGAGGAAGAGGAAGAGGAAGAGGAGGAAGAGGCUGCCAAGGAAGACGCUGAGGCUCCAGGUGUCAGAGAUCAUGAGAGCCUGUAGCCACCAAUGUUUCAAGAGGAGCCCCUGCCCCGUUCCUGCUGCUGUCUGGGUGCUACUGGGGAAACUGGCCAUGGCCUGCAAACUGGGAACCCCUUUCCCACCCCAUCCCACUCUCCUCUUCCACUUACUUUCCCCACUCCAAGCCCAGCCCCUGGAGAUUGACUUAGGUGGGGCAGGCUAGCUGGCUCUUACCUCCAGGUCCCUACACCCCUGUGAUCUGAGUCAGGGUCAUGUCUUCUGCUCCCAGACAAGAUGAGGCCAUUGUGUACCUUCCUGCUUGGAGCUGUUUCCUAGGGAUCUGUUGGGGCCUGAGCCAGCUGUUCCCAACUCCUGAUAUCCCCCUCUCCCUCCUCCAAGCAUUCUUGACCUCCAGGUUGGAAUCAGGGCUCAGUAAUGGAAGGGAUGGAGCAUAAGUAGCAGAGUGGGCUUCUGGGGCCCUGGAGGGAUAAUCCUCACAUGGGGGGGAGGGGACAGGAGGGUGGCAUCUUCUUGAGCUCCUGUCCCCUCUGCCCACACAUAUUAUCCCAGCUGCCUAAAUUCAGGGAAAGUGGGACAGCUUGUGGGGUAGGGGCUCCCUUCCAUAUAUCCCUGAUGUUUGACAACCCCCAUUCUUCUUUUUGCUGGCCCCAGGAAUUCUGGGAGUUGUAGUUCAUCAUUGAAAGAUUUUGGGGCUUCCAAGUUGUUUGGGCCAAGGACCUGAGAUCCGAAGGGCUGACUUCACCCAUUUGGGGGGGAGUGUUGAGAAGCAUCUGUCCCCCUCUAGAUCUCUGGGGCCAGAGAUGGGAUUCCCUGGGGAGACCCCAUCUGCCCUUUCCUUCUCCCACAGUGCUCAAGGCCAGCCUACAGUCAUAUAUAUCACCCAGACAUAAAGGAAAAAGACACAUUUUUUAGGAAAUGUUUUUAAUAAAAGAAAAUUACAAAAAAAAGUUUUGAAGACCCCUAACCCUUUGUGUGCUCCCCACUCAGCUCCUUUCUUCCCCACCGUUGCCCCCAUUUCUGAGGUGCACUGGGAGGCUCCCCUUUUGUUUGGGGCUUGAUAACUUUCUUUUUGUAGCUGGGGCUUUGGUGUUCCUUCCGGUGUCAUUUCCCAUUCACAUACCCCACCUGGUCCCCUCAGUGUUGUCACUAGAUCAGAUUUGUAACCCACUGAGAGGACAGGGAAAUAAGUGCCCUCUCCCAAAACCUCUUCCAAGUGGUCUCUAUGCCUCUCUUCCAUCUCGUUUCUUUUACCCUAGCCCCUCUCCCUUGGGCUCUGAUGAAAAAUUGCUGACUGUAGCUUUGGAAGUUUAGCUCUGAGAACCGUAGACAAUUUCAGUUCUAGGAAAAUAAAACCCGUUGAUUACUAUA